AUGGGGGUUUUGGAGGACCCGGAGGUGGAUUUGGAGGACCCGGGGGUGGAUUUGGAGGACCCGGUGGUGGUUUUGGAGGACCCGGGGGUGGUUUUGGAGGACCCGGAGGUGGCUUCGGAGGACCUGGUGGAGGUGGUGGCUUUGGAGGACCUGGGGGCGGCCCUGGUGGAGGUGGUCCCGGCGGAUGCUCCUGCACCCCAUCCAGGAAUUUUCCACAAAGGCAAUGAAGGGACCGGCGUUGAUUCUUUACCACCAGUUGAAAAGAACUUGUUCGUCAACUAUGUCUCUGUUGCUCCGGUGUUGCUCUAUACUUCGCCAUCUACACUGCCUACUUGA